GUAGUAUAAGGUCGGUGGCAGGCCGAUUAGAUGAAGCAGCAUUUUGGAGCAAUUUAUCGUACAAUGCUGCUGGUUUCAUGAGUGAAAGGCUGCAGACAUGAGGAAAUAAUUAUCAGUCAAUCGGUGAAAUAGACGUUUUCUGCUGCUGAAGGAUGAUGAUGAAGAUGAUGAUGAUGAUGAUAGGAGGAGGCCACGGCCGAAGGUGCAGCCCUCGCUAGAAUCAUACUUUCUCCCCCCAACUUCACCCAUCCACCAUCACAUCCUCUACUGCCGUCCCUGCGCCCGGGCGCCAUGGCCAACCAUCUGGAGCUGAUCCAGGAGCUGCAGCAGCUCGACAAAGUGCCCAGUCUGGAGAGGCUGCGGGCGGCCCAGAAGCGGCGUACCCAGCAGCUGAAGAGGUGGGCUGUGUACGAGAAGGAGAUGCAAAACAAGAAGCGAAAGGCUGACAAGAAGGGACGCAGCGCCAACAACUUCCACCUAGCAGAGGCCAAGAGGCAUGUGUCGUUUGCCGCCAGCGUGGCUCUACUGGAGGCAUCGGCCAGGAAUGACCCAGAUGAAGUACGCUACCUGCUGAAGAACAACGUGAGUCCAGACCUCUGCAAUGAAGACGGCCUCACCGCUCUGCAUCAGUGUUGUAUAGAUAACUAUGAGGAGAUGGUGAAGAUCCUGCUGGACCGAGGAGCCAGCGUCAACGCUCAGGACAACGAGCUGUGGACGCCGCUGCACGCCGCUGCUACCUGUGGCCACGCAGGACUGGUCAAGAUACUCAUUGCACACGAUGCAGAUUUGCUGGCGGUCAACUCUGAUGGGAACAUGCCGUACGACCUGUGUGAAGACGAUCCAACGCUGGACAUCAUUGAGACGGCUAUGGCCAACAGAGGCAUCACCCAGGAGAUGAUCAACGAGACACGAGCGUCGACAGAGAUGAGGAUGAUGGGAGACGUUCAGGAUCUGCUGAGACAGGGAGAGGAGGUCAACCAGCAGGACUCUCAGGGAGCCACGCUGCUCCACAUCGCAGCAGCGAGUGGCUACGUGCAGGCUGCAGAGCUGCUGCUGGAGGGAGGAGCUCGCAUGGACCUGAGAGACUCCGAUGGAUGGCAGCCUCUUCACGCUGCAGCAUGCUGGGGUCAGAUGCAUGCGGCCGAGCUGUUGGUGUCUCAUGGAGCCAGUCUCAAUGCCAAGACCUUCCUAGAUGAGACCCCCAUCGAUCUGUGUGAGGAUGAGGAGUUCAGAGCCAACCUGCUGGACCUGAAACACAAACAUGACAUUAUCAUGAAAUCACAGCUCAAACACAAGACCUCGCUGUGUAGGCGAACAUCUAGUGCAGGCAGCCGUGGAAAAGUGGUGCGGCGAGCCAGCCUGUCGGACAGACACAACCUGUGCCGUAAAGAGUACGAGACCGAGGCCAUCGUGUGGAGGGGAGGGAGAGAGGAGGCGGAUGAAAAAGAGAAAGAGUCUGAUCAGGAGAAUAACCAGGUGGUUAAUGUUAAGCCAGUCGUAGCUGUGGAGCUGCCAGACAAGCCCAAACUUCCCACCAUCCUGAAAGAUGGCAGCAGCAAACAGAACGGCCUCAUCUCCACGACGACGUCCACGCCGCAGCCACCGCCCUCCAAUGGCAACACCCAGUCGUCUGAUAAGGGCGGGGCCAUCCCGUGCACGCCCACUCAGGAGGAAGCCUGGCCGAGAGAGCGCGCCCAGACUCUGUCUGAGCUCAAGAAACAGAGGGCUGCCGCCAAAUUGUUGAAUCGCCCCUUGUUCAACGGUCACCUAGGUAACGGCUCCACAGACUCCUUCACUGAUGCCAGAAACAACUCUGAGGACCCCCGCAUGCCGCUGGUGUCCUCCAAUGGCAACGCGGUUUACUACACGCCGGCCAGCGGCGACCCACCGCUCCUCAAACUGAAACAGCCAAUAGAAGCAGAGCAGCCGAAGGUGCGAGCCUGCUGCUGCGUGUCGUAGCACCCUGAUCAUGUGACUGUUGAAGGAACAAAAGUGUUUUGCACAGAGAAGCGAGGAAAGUGCUGUAGGAGGAGAGGAAGGAAGGAAAGAGGAGGUGUUCCUGUCUCUUAACAUCCUGUUUCCUCUCCUCCUCCAAACUUCUCACAGAGAAGAUGGCUAGUCUGAAGAAUGUACCUGCCAUGUCAGUCCCGCUACAAUAGGAGACAUCUUCUGCAAACGCAGGCAUGUGUCAAGCGAAGCAGAGAGGAGGAAAAGAACUGAGCAGUGCCACUUUUUUCCCCCCGGUGCCACUUGGAUUAUAAUUCAGUCUCCACUAGACAAAUGGAUGGAAGGAGUGUAAGAAGCUGUGACUCUGGCCCUGCUGUCCCCUGAGCACCAUUAAGAAUCCAAGUGUGGACCGAUGUUUUUUUUUUCACCUGGAAAGUGUCAAAAAGUAGGAAAGUAGAGAAGAUCACAAGGUACAAGGUGCAUGUUCUGCCCUCGGAGGUCAAUAUGGAAAAUAUAUUCAAACAACAUUUUCUUCAGAACAAACUCGCAAUGUUAUCGAAACUCAUUCUUCUACUUUUUUUGUCAUAUUUUUGGUCAAAUGUGCAAGAAAACCGCGACAGAACUGGCCAGAUGUAUCGCAUUACAUCAUAUCGUACUACAACAGAAACGUUGUAACGUAGCAAACAGAGACCUGUGACGUCUCUUUUGAAGUAACUGUCAUGUUUAAAUGCUGCCUGCAUAAGUAAAGGGAAGGAAUGCCAUAAAAGAGUGUUAAAAUAUUCAGGAAGUGUAUCUCUACAGCGACAGAUUAACAGGAAAGAGUUAAGUCCUGCACUAGUGUUUGAAACUGUCGCUAUGGUUUUUGUCAACUAGACUUCACGUCACCGUCCUCUCAUAUCAAUCCUGAACUGACAGGUCAUGCUCUGUUUUAUGCAUUACCCAAUUUGCGUUUAGAUAAUUUAAGCAAACAUGGUUAAAAAUUACUGUGCAUUUCUUUAUUUAUGAAAUUAAUGUAAUGUGUAGAGAAAAAAUGAUGGUUCCUAAAGUUGAGUGUAUUUAUUUUUUGGAUGUUGUGUGGAGAGCUUGAAUGCAACGUAAGAAUGAGCUGGGGUGUCCUCCAGCAAAGAACUUUCUGACAUGAAAAAUCAAUCGUUCACCUGAUGAAGUGUAGUAAGGGUUAUUGUCUGCUAUGUGUUAUUAAAAUCACGCAAACAAGC